AUGAAGGACAUUGGUGCCGCCUUAGAAUUGUUUAAGGCUUCAGAAAUCAUCAUACAUCCAGAUGAAUCGGUUCUUGAGAAACAAAAAAACUGGAUGAGUCAUUUCCUGAAACAGGAGUUAUCCAAUACUUUAACUCAGGCUCGUAGACUCAAUAAGCAUAUUGGCCUGGAGGUGGAUGAUGCUCUUAAGUUGCCUUUCUACGCAAGUUUGGGCCGGUUGUCAAGCAGGAGAGCAAUAAAAUCUUACAAUUGUUUGAAUAUUGGAAAUGAAGAUUUUCUAAAACUGGCAGUGGAAGACUUCAACAUUUGCCAGUCUAUACACCAUAAAGAGCUCAACCAUCUUGCAAGGUUGUAUAGGAUUGGAGGAAUUGGGAACUACCUUAUCUGCAAAAUUAGACCACCACAUGAAUAUAACUUGGAUGAUGCCCGCAUGUCAUGGGCCAAAAGUGGAGUGCUUACAACUGUGGUUGAUGAUUUCACUGACGUUGGAGGUUCUGAAGAGGAGCUGGUAAGCCUUAUACAAUUGAUCGAGAAGUGGGAUGUGAAUGUUGAUUGUUGUUCCGAGCAUGUUGAAAUUAUAUCUUCAGCACUUAAGAACACAAUUAAUGAGCUUGGAGUCAAGGCAUUCACACGACAAGGACGCAGUGUGACAAGUGACAUAAUUGAGACUUGGUUGGAUUUGCUCAAGUCUGGGCUGAAGGAAGCUGAGUGGUUGAGAAACAAGUCAGUGCCAACAAUGGAGGAGUAUAUGACAAAUGGAUAUAUAUCAAUUGGCAUUGGACCAAUAGUCCUUCCAGCUCUCUAUUUUGUUGGGCAUGAGCUUUCAGAGGAGGUUGUAGGAAGUGAGGAGUAG